AUGCCAGAUGUCAUAGACCUUUCGGAAAUCGGCUCGGAUGGCGACGAGUCGCUGAAUCAAGACGACGUUGUUAUCACAGAUGUUCGAGAGGUGCCACCAGAGAGAAGGGCUGCCGGUGGUGGGUUGCGGUCCGCUGGUGUAACGAUCUACCUUCCGGAUGGCCCUCACGUUGUCCCCAGUGUUGUGAGACCACCGGAGCGUGUGUCGUUUGAAGGAGGUGUUGGUGCUCCGAGCCCUGCGAACAACAUCAACCGUACCCCUACGCCUGGUGCGCCUGGUGGUCGACAUGGCCCCGUGAUGGGGAGAGCUGAAGAGCCGAGAUGGAGAAUCUACUUACGAACAGGGAGACGUGCGUCCACGAGGGCCAACCGCAGCAUGAACCGUAGAGGCAGAGGCAGUGGCGACCCUGAGUCGUCGAGCGCACCGGACAGGUGGUAUCAUAUUGUGCCUGAUUCAGUGGACAGACACGGUAGGGAUGGCGAAUACAACAUCCCGUUUGACAUCGUCGGCUCACAUCGUCACGAGAGGCGUUUUUGGCAAGACACUAUGGGCUAUGCUUUUGACGAGGACGGCGAGCAGGGUGACGUGGAUGGUGAAUAUCACAUUCGGCCUCGUCGAGGCUAUAAUACGCCCGGCAUAUGGAAUCUACCCUUUGGUCCUAAUAGAAACGACGACGUGCCACAGGAGCUGAUGGACAUGAUCCAUCAACGAGAAGAAGCUCACUUUGACAGGGUGAGACAGGCAAACCUGAACAGCACUCAGAGCUACCAGCAGGCGAUAGAGGACCGUAUAAAAAGCAUACGAGAGCCCUACACUACGAGGAUCGAACCUGAGGAGGAAUACGUGUGCUGUCUCUGCGCAGUGACCUUGGGAGAAGGCCUGCCCUCGGAGUUCAUCGGUAACAAGGAGAAGAGACCGUUGGUUGCACUACAAGAGGUGGACGACGUUAGAGCGCCCUUCAAGGCGAUGAACCUCGUCACAGACGCAGACAGAGACCUCUCAAAGAGGAUCUUCAUCGCCAAGUGUGGACACACGUACUGUGGCCGUUGUGUCAAUAGCAUAUCUCGAGUGCGUGCCACCUUGAAGACGAUGAAACGGAAGUUCAAGAGGACCGAUAAUGACAUUGACAACCCCUUCAUCUGCGCCCCUGGGAAAUGCGUUGCGCCAGACUGCUCCAAGGCAAUCACCGGCAAGACAGCAUUCAUCGAGAUGUUCCUAUAGCGUCCGUCCAAUUAAUACAUUUAGACC